GUGGUUGGUGUGGGCGUGGUGGUCGUGGGUACGGUGGGUGUGGUCGUGCUUGUCGUCACUAUGGGCCACUUGUCUCCCCUACCUGGCGUUGGCUUGGAUGUGCGUCAGGACAACUAUCCCAAUAGGGGAGAAGGAGGAAUAUCUGGUCAAGUGGGUUGGAGACAAAGUGCCUUCGCGACGUGUGAGUGUGCUGGGUCGUGACCUGGCUGACGGGGUGACCUUGUGUGGGCUGCUGGAGGCUCUCGUGCCCGGAACCUGCCCAAGACAUGACCUCCUGCCACCCGAUCAACCUGAGGCUAACCUGCGCAUCGCCUCCAGGCUCGCUAAUGACUUCCUCGGGGUGACACAGGAUAUCAGCGGCGGAGGGAGUGGAGUGCUGUAUUACUUCCUUAGGAGGGUAAGGUAUGCGGCCCUCAAGCGGAAGGUACUAGGUGGGCCUCCCGUCACUCCGGAAGCUGUCGCACAAACAUUGGGCUCUCACCAGGUGGGUCACGACUGUCGCACACAUACUGUUAAAGAGCUGGAUCUAUUAACAGCUGGGUCGUACAAGUAAGGUUAGGUUAGGUUAGGUUAUAUUACCAUGGAUAAAGUGAACGUAGGGUGACAGAUAUCCAUACAGGCUGACCCACAACACCCAUUAAUAUACGUAACUUAUCCAGACGGUGUCCUGUAAAAUGUAUGAGUAAAAUGUAUAAAGUAAAUGAGUAAAUAUAUAUUACAGGAGACCUUACAUAGGGUCAGAGUCUUCCAUUACCAACAACUGUAGUAAUGGUUUGGUGACGUAACUGUGUGCAUCUGUUGUGACCUCUGUGUGUGUAUAUCAUGUGACCUCUGUGUACGUAUAUCAUGUGACC